UGUUUAACCUGCAGGGCUUUCCGUAACUAGCUCUGUCAACCAUUAUGGAAAGAAAGAAUUCCGCUUUUUUUUGACAAGGCUUCGUAACUAAAGGACGAUCGGUGCCACUCGCAAGAUCUAAGGAUUCAACAUUUAUUUGUUUAAAUCGUUGGCCUACAAUGUGUCCUGUCAGGUAUCUGUCAUUGUUUAUCAUUUUGGUCUUAGUGCGGCUCUCCCUCACUGCGGAGGGGAUUCUAUGCGAGAUUCCGAAGGAAGAUGAUGGAGCAUGGGGUUCAUCUCCUCUGAGGUUCAACUCCACUGAGACUUUGGCGACUCGACGAUUCCCUCAGUGUGUCAGCAUGCACAUUCGGCUUCGACCCGAAGACUUCAAGCAUACAACAAACCAUGCGAGAAUGAUUAUUAUCCUGUCAUCAGGUAUAAAUAUUACCAUCAAGAAGUCCGGCUUAAAGAUUAAGUGGAGGACAUGGGACCAUGUCAGAAAAAUAAAAGGAAUAUGUCCCCCAACUUGCAGAAACAAUCACACAAUGUGCGAGCUGAACUAUUCAUGUGUGAAGGCCGAAGCUGGCUCAUCCGUGUCCGCGUCAUUUAUAGGUUCAAUAAACUACACUGAAAAAUACAACGUACCAGAUCCAGUGCCCCAGUUUCACCUGUCUGUGGCCCCGGGCUCCAGGAAGGUCAAUGUGACCCUGGCCCCGGGGCCCUCAGUGUACACCAUACUCUGCUACCGCAAUGAAAACUUGUGCAAAGCCAUACCCAAACGCAUAACUAUUGAUCCUUCAAAAUCUCUGUCUGCGACUCUGAAUGUGUCGUACUUGCUGCCCUGUGUCUGUGUACAGGUGUAUUACACACACUCUGAUGCCAAGCGAGUCAUGGAGUGUCCUUUUGCAAACAUCUCUCUGGAAGCGAGAGAUGUUUGGCUCUCUAGUGAAUUCAAACUGUACACGGACCACAUCGCCUGGACGUCGCGGUGUUCUUCUAGCUACCUGCAGCCCUCUGCCGCCCUCUGCUGGAAAAACGAUACAGGCCUCUGCACGCCCAUACUGAACUCAAGGCUGGCGAUGAUUAAUAGCUCAAGUCUAUUGUACAACAUAUCAACUUUGGACAAGCACUCACAAAUGUGUCUACAGUUCUCUAUAAAAAACAACCGUCACGUCCAUUGUCCCUUCAAAUCGGAUAAGGGUGAAUGGGAGGCCCGUGUAGGCCCUGGUGGGAGGAGCAUGUCGGUCCACCUCACCUCUUACGCCUCAGCCAUCUUCUCCGCUCAGCUCUGUAUCCUGCAACACAGCGGCUGUCACUCCGUAGGAGACCCUUACUCAGGGACAACGGAUGGGAGCAAGGGUGACUUGCAGUUAAAUUUACCUGUUCAUACCAUCGCUGAGAGGCCGUGUGUGCAGGUGUGGCAGUCUGCACCGGCUCGACUUGGGAAGAGAAUCUUGUGCCCUGAAUACACACACCGGAGGAGUGGUAUGCUGGUGGCGGCAGCCCUGCUGAUCGGAGUGCUGUUGGCGCUGCUGGCUUUUGUUGUGUAUAAGGUGACCAAGAGUGGAACAACAGGUUGGCUGUCGAUCCACAAGCCUGUUCUGCUGGUGUGCUCUUCAGGACAGCCCGCCCACGUCUCAGCCGCCUGCGCCUUGGCCUCCAUCCUGCAGGGGGAGCUGUGUGCUGCCGUGCGCAUGGCCCUUUGGAGCCAGAGUUCAGACAGGCAGGCUGGCGCCGGAGCUGGCAGCGGGGUGGCUGACCUGGGCCCGCUCCCCUGGCUCUACGGAGAGUGGGACGCAGUGCAACAGGCCCAGGGCAAGCUGCUGGUCGUCUGGAGCCCCGAGGCCAAGCGUGUCUUUGAGAGAACAACAGAGCAGGAGACUCAGACGGAGAGGAGGAAACGAGAAGGAACCCGCAAGGUAGAGGCAACGAGGGGGAAAGCGACGGACACCUUGGACGGGGAGGAAGGCUGGAGAACGAUAGCAAGGACGUUAACGUACGGGACGGAGAAGGACGCCCUGUUGGAGGGCGAUGAUCCUUCGGACGUUUCGAGCGAGGGCUCUUCGAUCACGGGGCCGGUGUUGAGGGCCACCCUGGCCCGCCUGAAGGGGGUGCUGCGGGAGCCGGGAAGGAGCCACCCCGUGGUGCUCAUCUCCUUGCGCGGUCUCAACCACAACAGAGACAUCCCCGACGAGCUCCGAGGGGUCCCGCGAUACAGCCUCCCGGGGGACUUCCGGGGCCUGAUCCAGGAACUAGGGGGCAUCGUGUCGGGACCCAACUGGGAGGAGUUAGGGUGCGACUGCUGGCCCAGACUGCGCUCCAAAGUACUGUUGCUGUGGUUGGCACGACGACUGUCCCACCAACUGAAAACGUGGCUGCCAUAGUCCCAGAUAAUUACGAGGACUCGACAAAUGAGCCGUCAAAUCUGGAGAUAAUUUGAUGAAAAGGAAUAUUGGCUCCAUGUUGGGACAGGUCAAGAUUCCUGACCAUUGUGUUGGCUGUGUGCCAAAACAGGGAAUAGGAGCAAACAAAUGCAUGUGGUGAAGGGUCACCCUGGGGACAACAGGCAUGCAACGUCUCAAGUUCUAGCACUGUGACAGCACCAAACUGCUCCAGUGUGUAACACAAGCCAGUCCUCCAAAGAGAUGCGGUUAAACCACGACCAGCGCCGCUUACAAUCACCCACUCAAAGAGCUAUUCAUCACAAUCUGGCACUGGUGACAUCUAAACACCUGUUUUGCCUUUUUUUUUUACAUAAGUAAAUAUGUGGUUAUUUGCCUAGCAAAUAGACAUUGACAAUGCCUAGAACAGUACACUAUGUACACUACUCAACAUUUGAGAGGCUUUUUGGGUGGGUAGAACGCUCACAUCCAUCAAUCCAUCAAUGCCACAUGAUGUGCGUGAUGUCUGAUGCCUUUGUUUCAACGUUGAUCUGAAAAAGAAAAUAGAAUCCGAAAGAAAUUCAGGCAGCUUGCCUGUGUAAAUAAGCUUCAUGCUUAUUUAACUACUGUGGGAGUGUGUGUGUAUGUUGGCAGGUUUAGGCGGCCUCACCCGGCUGAGUCUGAAUGGACUGGGUGAGAGUACCCACCUGUUGCACAUUCAGUGACUUACUGUUCACACGUUAAACCAGCCGUCUCCAAACGAACACUCUCAAACUGACAGAUCUCCUGCUUGGCAGACAUGUUUAUUUGCUUACCACCUCUACAACAAACCGGAUUCAACAUCACCGCCCUGCGGCUUUUUUUUGGAGGAGCCCAGAAGAGCCACCUAGAUGGAGAGUGGCGGCCGCCUAGGUGGAGCAUGGCAUUGACCUGGUCCCCGACGUUGCGCCUCUCCAGACUUUUAAGGACACGGAGGGGCUGCCUGAGGACGCGAUGGCCCCCAGCAGCGCUGACGGACCGCCACCACCCAGCGCCAGGCCUUUCUCCAACAGUGUGUCGGAACCCAUCAGAGGACAGGGAGGGGCAGGGCCACCGUCAGCAGCUACUCCCCCCUGCAGCAGCCCGGGCCCAGAGGCCCCUCGGCCAGCCAGCACAGGAGCCAAAGGCCCCAUGCUCCACAGGGGAGAUGGGGGGGGGGGGGAUAGCCCUGUCGCCCUGGGGGAGGGUGGCCUCCCCGUAGGCAGUUCCGGGUACUGCCCUGGCCAGGCGAUUGGCCCUGCUCUCCCCCAGCCCAUCCAGACAGCCCAGCUACCGAUACCUCAGCCAGGAAAGGCAGCAACCCAGGCCUCCGGUCUCCAGGAUGAAGGGGAAGCGGGAGGGUGGGUUGGCGGGUCACCCUGGAGAUGGGUCGGGGCAAUGUCUUUUUAGGUAUGGUAACCCUGUGGUAGAGUCCAGUUUAUGUACUUAUUUGUUUUUGGAGUAGGCUACAGCUGGGGCUUAUCACCAGCCUCAAAUUGGUGCUGCGGGUAUGUGGGAGUGUGUGUGGAUGAUGGCUGGUUUAGGCAGCCUCACCUGGCUGACUCUGAUUGGACUCUGGGGCUGGGUGAGGCUGUACAUCAGAUGCACAUUGAGUGUCGGUCUUCACAGGUUGAACCAGUCGUCUCCACACACACUCGGGGAGGGAUCUUCUGCGUGGCAGUAGAGCACCGUCGGCAUGUUUACAAUCAACCAGAUUCAACAACACCACCCUGCGUCUUUUGUCUGGAGGAGCCCAGAAAAGGUGGCAUGUAGCAUUGGUUUCUGAAAAAUAAAAUGAUGCCAAGACAAAUCAAGGUUAUUUUGUAAGUAAUUUGUUGACAUUCUUUUGACCAUGAUGGUUUAUAGUGUGUACACACACACACACACACACACACACACACACACACACACACACACACACACACACACACACACACACACACACACACACACACACACACACACACGCUUCCUGUCAAUGUAUUUCAAAUUGCCAUAUAACACCAUUGAGAUAGAGAAAAAUAAUGUAUUGGUUAGAUUAUGAACACAUUGUUUCAUCACAUUGUUUUUACUUACUAACAUUUGAAUGUUGUACUUCGUGCUUUGAUCCUCUUGGAAUGUGAUGUAUUGUGGGCCUAUAGCAGCAAUCAAAGAGGCCCUUUGCUUUAGCAUUUGGGUAAUCCGACUUCCUAGACACAUUUCCCUGGAGUGCCCCAAUCAUGAAAACAUAAGUCGGCAUGCCGGCAUGCCACAACUUCGGCAUGCCACAACUUCAAAACACUGACAAAUGAAACGCUUCAGACUAGAGAUGUCCGAUAUUAUCGGCCCACCGAUAUUAUCGGCCCGAUAUUAGCAUAAAAAUGUAAUAUCGGUCAAUAUCGGUAUCGGAAUCGGUAAAAUUUAGAGUUGGACAAUAUCGCAUAUCGGAUAUCGGCAAAAAAGCCAAUAUCGGACAUCCCUACUUCAGACUUAUUGAUUUAUUAUCCAGGGACCGUUGAGUUAGGCUGAUGGGAGAGAUGCUAUUAAAGGUGCCUUCAGAAAUGUGAUGAUGGGUCCCUAGAAUGUUUCUUAUUUCUUUCUUAUUUUACGACGUGCCCCCUCAGAUAUUAUGGAUGCAUGCAUGUCAUGACCCCAGAGUGACCCAUGCAGUUUCCCCGUUGGGAUAAACAAAGUGUACCGUCUGGUAUCGUAAUGUGACAUAUUUUUUAAUCUGGCCUGCAUAGACAGUUGGAAAGAAACGCCACAUUCUGGUGGGAUGACAGUCGUAGGCCUACUCGACAGGUUAUAUCACAUACACGUUUCAAUUGUCAAAUGAAAUGAAAUAAAAACACUCUGA